AUGUCGCAGAUUCAUGACAAUGACGAUAUACAGAGAGAAACCAAGAAGCAGAAGCAGUGUUUUCUCAUAAAUGAUCACGUCGAUUUGUUGAUAGAGGUGUUGCAGAGGCUCGACGGACGGUCGUUGGGCGCGGCGGCGUGUGUGUGUCGCCAAUGGUGUUCAAUCGUCCGGAACGACUCGUUAUGGGAAAAUCUAUGCUUCCGACAUGUGUCGCCGCCGUCGGUUGGAGUUAGGUCGGUGGUUUUGGCUCUGGGUGGGUACCGGAGAAUGUACAUGGUGUGUGUUCGACCGGUGGCGAGUCGACUGAAGAGGAGGAGAUUCUUUAGCGGCGAGUCGGAGGUGGUCCGGCGAGUGUGGAGCCGGCAUGAGGUGGAGCUUUCGCUGUCGUUAUUUUGUGUGGAGUAUUACGAGAGACUGUUGGGUGGUGGCGGAGGGGUGGUCAGCGGUGAGUCGCCGGCGAAGUCGCUCAAGUUUCUAUGCAAGGCCGUGAACGUUAGCUUCUGA